CCGGAUUUGAAACCUCCAUCAUCGCCGCCCAAGCCUGCAAGAAUAAGCCGAGAUUCAUGAUGUGCAUAUUGACUUUGAUUAUUUGGGCUAGCAACGAAGCCGGCCACCUGGCUUUUUCCGACUAAUGCUGUGCCAUGGCAACGCACCAUGUUCGAUAUUAUCUCAGGGGAGGCAACCGUGCGCCGAAACCCUAACAUUGUUCUGUUCAAUCACCGCCUUUUGACCGUAGCAUAGGGAAUGUCGGUACCACAACCACGAUCGCUAUGUUUCAAAAAUGUCCUAUAGAAAAGUCUCGGACGUUCACCUUUUAGUAAGGCUUCCUCUGCACGCGUUUCGCUUCUGGCUGCCCUUUAUAUUUGGGGGUAAGUUCAACAGUCUCGUCCUCCCCCCUUCCCUCCCGCGCGCUCUUAAUCCCGUUUCAUUUGACAUGACAAACACAUCGGACGGGCUCAAUAUUCUCUAUGAUAUCAUUAGAUUAACUUGCCAAACUUUAGUUUAUGGCAUGUACAUAAUCAUCAUGCUGGUCUGCUCCUUUGUUAUGUUGAAAAGAGGUCUUAGAGGGAAAUCGCGUAUCUUGCUGUUCUGCAUACUGGUUUUCAUGUUCUCCUUUUCAACGGCCUAUUGGAUCGUAUCGAUAUGUCAAGCCGUGUAUGUCAUCACCAUCUCAUUUGUGCAUGGCAUCCCUCUGGAUAGUAUAGCUUAUGCGUACGGCGAAAAACAAGACAUAAUGAACGCUCUUGUCCUCCUGAAUUAUGUGCUAACCGACGGCAUUGUCGUUUGGCGGGCAUGGGUAAUCUGCCGAGACUGGUAUAGCAAAAUUUUGAUCCUUCCACUCGUAUUCCUAUGCUUGACCCUCCUGUCCGUUUUCGUUACAAUCGGACUGCGCAUCACGAUAAGUACCAUGUCCGUCAGCCGGCACACCGUCAUGGACCAUACACCCCUGACCCACGCGCUUAAUUGUUCCCAAAUAAUAAAUUUAGCCCUGUCAUUAUUGACCAACAUUUUUUCUACUUCGAUUGUCGGAGUCAAAGCUUGGCGUCAUAAACACUGUCUUAUGUCCGAGCUUCAGGUGAAGCGGAGAAAGAUAACCGUAGCAGAACGAAUCUUCACUUUGCUUGUCGAGUCCGGGAUCAUUUACUGUCUUUCUGGAAUAAUGGCUCUGAUUGCCACUGAGAUUCAACUUCCAUUUGGCAAUCUCAGCGAUGUCUACACUCCGGUCCAGGUCCAGUUUGCGGGGAUCUAUCCAACCUUGGUUAUUCUUCUCGUCAGCCGCCAAGGUGAAUUAAACGAGACUACCAUGUUCACGGUUGAGGACAAGCGCAAUCCCUCGGAACAACCAUCGAGUGUAUUGAUUCUGGAUACCAUUGAGUUUGGUGAUAAUCCUCCCCUCAGCAGUUCGUUCGGAGAAGCAGAGACCCUUGCGGAUGUUAGACGUAAUGAGUCGAUGGUGUCCCGGCUUUCUCGGGCAUAGCGAGCUGGACGACGCUGGCAUUGUUUUACUUUGCAUUAGCAUGACUGAAGCUCUCUACUAGAGUGGCGAACCAACCACCCUCAGCACUUCUGUGUGUUCCAUAGUAGACAGGAACUAGAGAGCUUCCCUUCAGGAACACCUUGUCGCGACAGAUCAAUCUCAAAUGAGUUUCUGAUAUAAGCGAG